AUGUCUAAGAGUGCAGAUUAUAUUCAGCUACAGGAAGAUGGUGGAAGCUCAGAGGAGUGUAGCAGCCUGCAGCAGGAGUUCGUCUCUCAGGUGCCGGAUGAGCUAUGGCCGUCCCUCAUAUGGCUGUCUGAGGAGGGCACGGUGCUGGACGUGGGCUGCGGUCUUGGUGACGUCACAUUUCACGAGCUGCUGUCGCGCCUGCCACCAGAUUUCACCUUCGUAGCUGCAGAUAUUUCUGCCAACAUGCUCGCCAAGGCUUCCUCCAGGUUCUCAGGAUCCCGUGUGCGCUUCUGUCAACUGGACAUUGGCACAGCCAACAUAGAGGACACGCGCAUUUGGCAGCAAAGACCAUCCUCAAAGGUUUUCUCCUUUUUCUGUCUGAACUGGGUGCAGGACCAAAGGCAGGCUCUACGAGACACCAUGAAACUCCUCAGUCCUGGUGGUGGAACAGUUUUGGUCAUCGUGAGCUACAGUCCUAUUUUUGUAGUGUUAGAGGCACUCGCGAAGACCUCUCAUUGGAGUGCAUAUAUGGUGGACUACCGACAGUUUGUGACUCCCUACCAGUUCAUAGAAGAUCCCAAAAGAAAAAUGAGGAAUUACCUGCAGGAGGUCGGAUUCACUAUAAACACAUGCCGCUAUGUGAGAGACGUCACAUACACUUCGAAGGACGAGAGAAAUGUAAUAAAUACGGUGACUGCAAUAAACCCCUUCGUCAGAAGAAUCCCAAAGGAGCUCCGCGAGCCGUUCUUGCAGGACUAUGUGCGGGAGGCCUACAGACUGGGAGUCGUGGCCGGACACAGUCUUCCCGAUGAUGGCGGCUGCUGCUACACUUUCCGCUAUGGCGCGCUGGUCGUACACGCAGUCCAGGCAUGA